UACCUACCGAGAUCUCAUCCACGGCUGCAUGCACGAUACUAAUUUUGCCGAGAAUAUUAGAUCGGUGCGUAGGGUUCCAUUCGACUUCAACCAGCGUGCUUCGGAGUUCAACAGGACGUCCGAAGCGAGCGAGGUGGCAUUGGAAGGGAAAUAAAUGAAGGACCGGGGCUUGUCAUCAUCAGGCCAGAGGGCUAAGAGGCUGCAGAGGACCAUCAGCUCGCCGGAACUGCGACGUGGCGACCUGCCCAAGGAGAAACCCAGGCUGCGGAGGAGCAGCAGCUCGCCGGAUCUCCACCGUGGUCCGCGCCUGGCCAACGAGGGGGCACUCCCUCUCGACAACCCCUACUCCGACCUGUGGAGGGCGAUCUGGAACGGCGGUGACCGCGGGACGACGGGGCAGCAGCCAACGAAGGUGAUGGACGCCUGGAGGGCGUGCCGGUGGAUCGGCCGCGCACCCGACGAUGUCCUGGCCCGGGUUUGGUUACGCGUACGCCUGGGAGGACCCACGGAGCUAACGAUGACCGGGUUCGACGUCAGGUCCAGGCUCCUAGGGCAAGCGCCGCUGGAUCUGGAGACGGCGGGCGCUCUGGUCCGGCUGCUCAGGGAGCUCGAGCACGAGACCAUGGCGAAACGGCCGCAGGCCCGCGGCAGGCACUACGUUGCUCCCGAGUGGGGGAUCAACAUCGCGAAUGGAAGUUCGAGCUUGGAGGCGUCGUACGACCUGUUCAUGUAGCCGGCGCCGCCGCCCUUCCUCAUCGACCGACGCACGAUCGUGCUGGCGCUGGCGUGCUGCGGCGGGGUGUGGUCGUGCUACGCCUUGGACCUCGGCACCAACACCGUGUCGGCCAUGGAUCCCAGCGGGGGCCGGCCGCUGCCCUACGCCCGGGCGCUGGGCCACGCCGACGUCGCCAGGCGCAUGGUGGAGCACGCCAUCCACUGCGCGCGCCGGGCAUCGGGCGACCCCCAGCUGGGCCACGGCGCCUGGAAGCUCAAGCUGGUGCCGGGACAGGGCAACAACACAUCCAUAUCUUGGGGGUCCUGCAGCUUCGACUCGGGGUUUCAGGCUCUCAGCUGCAUGCAGUGGUACACCGGGAGCGGGAGGAGCGUCGUCUCGCCGGGCCAUCCGCCGGAGCAAGCCAGGAGGGACCUGGUGCUCCAGCUCCUCCUCUUCAUGGGCUGCAACCUCAACGGAUUCCCGACGAUGGUGAUGCUGGAGCAUCACUUGGGCUGCUGCUGCUGCCGCCGCAACACCAAGGACGCGGACGCGGCGGCGGGCAGGGAGAGGCCGCGCAGCGACAGCGAUACGGUGUCGUCAGGGAGCAGCAGCCGCGACGCGCGUAUCACCAUGCAAGAAUGGAGGCUCCAAAAUUUAGUUGU